AUGAGCAACUUCGGACGGGUGGGAGUACUAGUGGAGAGCCGGAGAACGAGUGACUAUGUUUUUAAUUCCCCGAUGUGUCAAGCAAAAACGAACGACAAUGUCAGCAACGCUUGUGAGAGGGACGACGCGCUCUACAGAGGAGGGACUGUAACCCAGUACCACUCUCGACUUGAGGAGCCCAUGGAGCUCACGGGCUGUAAGGACACCAUCUUGGGUUGGUGCAUUGAAGAGGAUUUCCAGUAUUCUCUGCGAUCUUAUCACGCCGCUUCUUCCAUCCUGGUUCGCGAGGUAGACAACAAGCUCAAAGGUGGUGGUCGAUCUGCAAAAGGACGACGUUCAAGAACUCUUGACAUGCGCGUGCCAGCCGAUAUCGCACACCUGUCAUUAGGUCGCUGCAGCUUCCGACAACCACCAAGCUCCAUGAGAUUCCAACCUGUUAGCUCUCCGCUGGCCAGGUCAGUCUCACCGCAGGACGGCAAAGUAUCUGCGGAUUUAUUAGUAAAGGCUGAUGCAAGUGCUGCGCUUAUCGGUACCCGAGGUUCUCCCCUGAGAGAACAGCUGAAGCUGUCAGAAACAAAUGAAAAAUGCUCGGAGAACCUUAAAAAAGCCAUAGAUGCCAUAGAUGCCUUAGAGGUCGAGGUGAAAAGGUUGCAAAACAGAGUUGCUAUGCAGAGCCCCAUCAUAGCCGAGCUACAGCAAGACCAGCUGCAAGGCGAGUCACGUCCCUUGCUAGACCACAUGGAAGCAUUUGACCACGUUUGGUUCUUGGUAAAAACAGAGUUUUCCAAGUAG